AUGGCGGGCAACGGCGGCGGCUGCUGCUGCUGCGGGGAGCGGGAGGGCGGCGGCAGCCCCGAGGAGCUGACGAUUCUGGGAGAGACGCCGGAAGAAGACGAUGAAAUUCUGCCGCGGAAAGAUUACGAGAGUUUGGAUUACGACAAAUGCAUAAACGAGCCGCACCUUGAGGUGCUGGAAACACUGGAUAACAAGAAAGUCAAGCGGUACGAGGUGGUGAAAUGGGUGUUGGUGUUCUGCAUUGGGGUCUGCACGGGAUUGGUUGGUCUCUUCAUCGAGGUCUUUGUUCAUCUCUUGUCACAGCUCAAGUUCCAAAUUAUUGGGAGGUCUGUGGAGGAAUGCACUGAGCAUGGCUGCCUCGCACUCUCCCUCCUCGAGCUUCUCGCCUUCAACAUGAGCUUCGUCUUCCUGGCCAGCCUGGCGGUAGUGAUUGCGCCGAUUGCAGCGGGAUCCGGAAUUCCUGAAAUUAAAUGCUACCUGAACGGGGUGAAGAUUCCCGGGAUUGUCAGGCUACGGACGCUGAUGUGUAAGGCAGUGGGCGUGCUUUUCUGUGUGGCCGGAGGACUGUUUGUGGGGAAGGAGGGGCCGAUGAUCCACAGUGGGGCAGUGGUGGGAGCGGGGCUGCCGCAGUUUCAGAGCAUUACCUUCCGCAAGAUCCGAUUCAACUUCCCGUAUUUCCGCAGUGACCGAGACAAGCGGGACUUUGUGUCGGCUGGGGCAGCAGCGGGUGUGGCGGCAGCGUUCGGGGCCCCGAUCGGGGGCACCUUGUUCAGCCUGGAGGAGGGAUCUUCGUUCUGGAACCAGGCGUUGACCUGGAAAGUGCUGUUCUGCUCCAUGUCGGCCACCUUCACAUUGAACUUCUUCCGCUCUGGCAUUCACUACGGGAGCUGGGGCUCCUUCCAGCUGCCUGGGCUGCUCAACUUCGGGGAGUUUAAGUGCGCAGAUGGAGAUAAGAAAUGCCACCUGUGGACGGCCGUGGACUUGGCUUUCUUCAUCAUCAUGGGGAUCAUCGGGGGCCUCCUAGGUGCAAUGUUCAACUGCCUGAACAGGAGACUGGCCAAGUACCGUCUGCGCAACGUACAUCCCAAAGCCAGGGCCAUACGGAUUUUGGAGAGUUUGCUGGUUUCUAUGGUGACAACACUGAUUAUUUUCGUGGCCUCCAUGACGCUGGGCGAGUGCCGGGAGCUGCCAUCACGCACAGACAUCAACAAUGCCUCCAUGCCGGUCACUGAGAGCAGCGUGAACUCCAGCAUCAAAACCUUCUUCUGCCCCAAUCAUACCUACAAUGACAUGGCCACGCUGUUCUUCAACCCGCAAGAAACCGCCAUUCUCCAGCUCUUCCACCAGGAAGGAACCUUCAGUCCCGUCACUCUGGCCGUGUUCCUGUUGCUGUACUUUGUGCUGGCGUGCUGGACAUAUGGCCUCGCUGUCCCCAGUGGCCUGUUCGUGCCCUCGCUGCUGUGCGGAGCAGCCUAUGGCCGGCUGGUGGCAAACAUCCUCCGGACUUACAUCGGGAUGAGUCACAUCUACUCUGGGACCUUUGCUCUGGUCGGGGCAGCCGCCUUCCUUGGGGGUGUUGUCCGCAUGACCAUCAGCCUCACCAUCAUCCUGAUCGAGUCCACCAAUGAGAUCACGUAUGGUCUGCCCAUCAUGGUCACGCUCAUGGUGGCAAAGUGGACCGGAGACCUGUUCAACAAAGGGAUCUAUGACCUUCAUGUGGAUCUCCGGGGUGUCCCUUUACUGGAGUGGGAGACUGACGUCGAGAUGGAUAAACUAACAGCGAGUGAUAUCAUGGAGCCCAAUCUAACCUACGUGUAUCCGCACACUCGCAUCCAAUCCCUCGUCAGCAUCCUGCGGACCACAGCGCAUCACGCUUACCCCGUCGUCACGGAGAACAAGGGCAACGAGAAGGAAUUCAUGAAGGGAAACAUUCUGAUCAGCAACAACAUUAGAUUCAAGAAGUCGAGUAUCCUGACCCGAGCUGGAGAGCAGCAUAAGCGGAGUCAGUCCAUGAAGUCCUACCCGUCCAGCGAGCUCCGCAACGUGUGUGAUGAGCCCCUGAUCCCGGAGAUUGCCGAGGACGGAGAGGACAUGUUACAGCAAAUGCUGGAGAGAAGACACGCCCCGUAUCCCAAUCUGUACCCGGACCAGUCUCCCAGUGAGGAGUGGACGAUGGAGGAACGUUUCCGACCUUUAACCUUCCACGGGCUGAUUCUGCGCUCGCAACUUGUGACGCUGCUGAUCCGAGGCGUCUGUUACUCGGAGACUCAGUCGAGCGCUACCCAGCCCCGGCUCUCCUACUCAGAGAUGACAGAAGAUUAUCCGCGAUAUCCUGACAUCCACGACCUGGACCUGACUCUCCUGAACCCCAGGAUGAUUGUGGACAUCACACCGUACAUGAACCCAUCUCCCUACAUGGUAUCUCCAAACACGCAUGUGUCUCAGGUGUUUAAUCUGUUCCGCACCAUGGGGCUGAGACAUCUGCCGGUGGUCAAUGCAGUGGGAGAGAUUGUCGGGAUCAUCACAAGGCACAACUUGACACACGAGUUUCUACUCUCGAAGCUUCGGCAGCACAACAUGACGAUCUGAGAGUUAGUUACAGGCUCUAUGAGGGUUUGACUGUGAGGUGCCGUUUAGCCCAGCGCCUCACGCCGGCCGGUGCCUCUCUCGCAGGCUCAGAAUUAACCCUCGCGGCUUUGCGGCCCCACACACUGCAGUCAGCGUCAGGUGGGAAUUCCGGUUAGUUUCUGCACAGCACAGUGACUGUUAAUUGUGGGCCUGCUGUAAAUAAUCGCCGUCUCUCAGGAGUCACAGCUCUUUAACUUCACAUAAUGGAUCGCUGCACUCGCCAGGAGCUGUGGUGGAGAAUUAAUCUGAACAGAACCGAUUCCUUCGUAGCUGCAUCAUGGGACCGACAGACAAUAUUAGAUUAAUAUCGUAGAUUGUUUACACACGGAUGCUGCCAACAAGGUAACCUUUUGCACAGUGGGUCCCAGGAUCCAGUGUGUGUGUAUGUAUGUGUGUGUGUAGCUUUGAACCCGACCUGUUCUCUGGUGUAAAAUCCUGGUGUGUAGGUUUGCUGAUGCUAUGGGAUAUCACAGUUUGGGUUAGAUGUUGGGUCUCAGCGUGUACGAUGUGUACGACACACGUCACUACAUUUAUAGAGCUCUUGAUCUCCCAACACUUUUCCUCUAUUCCUCCACCUUCCUGCCCCUUCCUUCCCCAUCUUCAGGUCAUGCCUGAAGACCUUCCUAUUUGACCAGUGCCUAAGGCCACCUGCCGCCGCAUUGGCAUUGUGCACCGCCACUGUCAGGCACUCUGGGACCUGCCCUGCAUGAGGGGCGCUGAGUCGUUAUUAUCAUGUUCCGGGGGUGCAACCACCUGAGCGAGCAAAUUGAUCGAUGGCUUUUACUCGUAGCACUGAGCGCUCGAGCAAGCAGAGACCUGAGUCUGUGACUGAGUUACUCAGAGACUCGAUCGAGUUCAGCCUUUGUGUUUUACGAGCUCCAAAACCCUCAGCAAGAAAUUGAGAAGUCUUUCACAUCAUUUCAGGAGCUUUUCGCUGUUCAGUGAAACUCAAAUUCACGGGUCCAUCAUGUGCAGUGCAGGGGAGAAGGGCCCAUAGGCCUCGUUCUGUGCUCUAAUUUCUCUGACUCCAGGUAACAUUUUUGCAUUAAUUUAACACUAACGUAAGGAAACUAACUCUAAACGGUACAAAAACUAACAGGAGUUUCACUGGUCACAUUCCUUCUUAUUAAACCUGUAUUUUAGAUUUUUUUUUAUUUUGCCUUCGAGACUGCAAACGCUUGUAGAGUAAGUGCAGUUGUCGGCUGUUGUUUAUUACAAGGCUGGCGCCGCCUGGUGUAUUUUUAUGAACAAAUCUUAUGAUAUUUGUUUUCAUUCUGCCGCAAAGCCGUGUCUGUCAUUUGGAGGUUUCCCCUGGGGAUCGUAAGGACCUGUUUCAGCGAGGCAGAGCGAGCAGCCCCAGUUUCAGGGAGAAUUUUUGUGUGUGUGUGUGUGUGUGCACAGAUGGCUGCUAAACUCACUAAAUAUCCAGUGUUGCACAUUAGUUGUUCUCGUGAAGCUGCAGCUUACUAAAACAAUCUUUUUCGUCAGACCUUAAAACCAUGUGCUCCCCGAGCCACCAUUUGAGGAAUUAUUUAUAAUAAUAAUACUCGUUUUAUUAUUCUAAAUGUACUGUGACGCGGAAGGUUUGAGGAAGCGUUUGCCUGAUGUGAGUGCUCGUUGCUGUUGCUUCUUGUCUGAUUUGCACCAGCGUCAGAUUUGCGCUUAUUAAAUUCACUUUCUUUGUUCAUAAAAUUAAAUCCCAUAAAUUACCCCUGCGGGGGCUGCUGCUGAUUUCCAUGUAUAUCAACGCCUCUAUUAAUGAUGCUUCAAAACAUAAAUGCACAUUUGAUGAUCAUAUUUUACACUGGUAGCUUCAGGCUGAAACCAUUAAAUCCACCUGUCACUACACCCUGGAGGCUGAUAUAACCUUGUGCUUGUAUGUAUAUAUAUAUAUAUAUUGUGGGUUUGCUGGUUCUCUUGCCCUGCGGAGGGCUGUGUUGGGCUGACCACACAACACUACGUGCAGUGGAAAUGUACUGCUUGUAUCUGCUGGCAUUUCCUGUGUGAUCCCUUUGUGUGGAUUUUGUAGCGAUCCCUUUUAAAGGAAAAAAAAGUUUCACCUUUUCUCCUCACCUUGUGUGUAAUCUGAGCUGUUGUGUUAGUGACGCUUGGGGUGUCUGUGAAGGGAGCGUGGCGUCAUCUUGUGCUGAUAUCAAUGUAGCAUUUGCUCCCACAAACCUGUGACUGUCUGACUGUGUGGACACAUCGUGGAAAACUUGGAGAAUAUUAUAUCAAUGUUUUAAAGCACGGAAACAGUGCUGAGACCAGAAUGAGAUUCGCUGCGACACCAUCUCCCCUGUGAGAGAUCUAGACAUUUGCACUUAAUAUUUCUUUAUCUGCAGAUUAUUUAACAUCUUUGUAAUUUAGCUUCUGAUCUGAUUUGGAAUUUUUAUUUUUUUAUUCUACAUAUUUGUUGCUGUAUUUUGCAGCCUCUGUUUGUUUUUAAUUAGAUUAAUUGCAGUAAGUUUUAAUUCUUUAAUUGUAAUAAACAUUCCAUUUGUGCUC